GAGAGGGAGGUUGACAUGGGCUCUAGCCCCUCCUCCUAUUCCCCCAAAACCAUUUACCUGGAUGUGGAUGGCAAGGUGCAAAAGGUGGUGUUCAGCCGGCAUUGCAGUCCGUGUGACAUCAAGGAGCUUCUGUGUUCCUCGUCCAACAUUCCCAGGAACACUGCCAUCAUGAUGGUGGAUCCAGGAGGUGCCAUGGUCUCCAUGGACCCCACCAUGCCCACCAACACUCCAAGCUCUUUGUACAAAGUUGUCCCUCUGUCUACUGGUCAACUCGGAGACAAGGAGGACAUGUUUCAGAACGUCUUGUCCCAGGUGGCCGAGCAGUUCAGCAGAGCCUUUCGCAUCAACGAGUUGAAGACGGAGGUCACCAACAGGCUCGCCAUGCUGGAGAAGAGAGUGGAACUGGAAGGCUUGAAAGUGGUGGAGAUUGAGAAGUGUAAAAACGACCUGAGGAGGCUACGAGAUGAGAUGACUCAGACAGGUUUCGGCAGAGUGAGCUGUCCGUGCAAAUACAACUUCUCAGACGAUGGGAAGAAGGUCACUCCUCGACGAGAUGUCCCCAAUUACCCAAAGUACACACUGUCUACGGAGACCAUAGAAGCCCUGAAGAAGCCAACUUUCGACGUGUGGCACUGGGAACACAAUGAGAUGCUGAGCUGUCUGGAGUACAUGUACCAUGACUUGGGGCUGGUGAAGGAAUUCAACAUGAACCCUAUCACACUCAAACGCUGGCUGCUGGGGAUUCAGGAGAACUACCGUAACAACCCCUUCCACAACUUCCGUCACUGCUUCUGCGUGAGCCAGAUGAUGUACGGCAUGAUUCACCUCUGCAACCUGCAGGAGAAGCUGACUCUCACAGAUAUGGGCAUUUUAAUGACAGCUGCAGUGUGUCACGACCUGGACCACCCCGGCUACAACAACACGUAUCAGAUCAAUGCCCGCACAGAGCUGGCAGUACGCUACAAUGACAUAUCUCCGCUGGAGAACCACCACUGUGCUGUGGCCUUCCAGAUAAUUUCCCUUCCUGAGUGCAACAUCUUUGCCAAUGUGGAUCCUGAGGCUUACAAACAGAUCCGACAGGCGAUUAUCACCCUUAUCCUGGCCACUGACAUGGCCAGACAUGGAGAGAUACUAGACUCCUUUAAGCAAAAAGUGGACAACUUUGAUUUCACCAAUGAAGAGCAUGUGACAUGUCUGAAGAUGGUUUUGAUCAAGUGCUGUGAUAUUUCCAACGAAGUGAGGCCGACUGAGGUGGCUGAGCCAUGGGUGGACUGUCUACUGCAGGAGUACUUCAUGCAGAGUGACAGGGAGAAGUCUGAAGGUCUCCCCGUGGCUCCCUUCAUGGACAGAGACAAAGUCACCAAACCCACUGCUCAAAUCGGAUUCAUCAAGUUUGUCCUCAUUCCGAUGUUCGAGACGGUCAUGAAGCUGUUCCCUCAGAUCGAGGAGAUCAUGGUUCAGCCUCUGAGAGACUCUCGCGAUCACUACGAGGAGCUGAAACAGAUCGAUGACGCCAUGACAGAGGCUCAGAAGAAAAAAACUGAAAAUAUGUCAUUAGGCGGGAAGAAGAAGUAA